AUGGCGACUCUACAGAAAUUCAAGCUGUUAGCAACCCAGUGCGCAGUGGCUGGAAGCCCAACUAGGAGCCCAACCACCAGUCCAGUAAUCCACCUCCGCCGGAGAAAGACACUCCGAAUGCUGCUCGGCCGCAACGGAGGUGGAGAAGGGAGAAGGCAGCCGCCUCGACCUCUGAAUGACUCAUCAGAUGGAAGGAGAAGCGACGAUAGCGAUGAAUCAAAGGAGAAGGGGAACGAUACUGUGGUCAGCCACAAGCUUAGGGACCUGUUUGUAUCCUCGCCGCCGCCGUUCGAAGAACGGACAUCUGGGAAUGUGAGAGAAGGGAUUUUACCGACGGCUGGUACGAAUGGGAGGAGAGGUAGUGCGCGGACGCUACGGCCGUUAUCAGCGACGUUCCGGCAACGGUUGUUGCGGAGAGCUUGGCGGCCUAUGCUUGGUGCUAUACCCGAGUCACAUUGUGAAAAUUAA